UCGACGACGCUCAGGCUAUAAUGAUGGCCUUGGCAGCACCCAGCAUUGAGGUCGUGGGUGUUACGUGUGUGUUUGGGAACACGGCGGUUGAGAACGUGUGUCAGAAUGUUCUGAGGGUGCUCUCUGUCUGUGAGCGUGAGGGGGUGAGUUCACUGUGUACGCCUGUUUUCUCAUCUGCCAUACUGAAGGUUUCCUGAGGCUGAGGCAUAACGACGAGUGAUUACGUCAUGUUUCGGUGUUUCUAGGACAUCUAGGUAAUGUCACGGGUGUCAGCUCAGCUCCCAUUUUGGAACUAUUUUGGAACCAUAACAGACUUCUUGACUACUGGAUGUUCAAACAACAGCCAUUGAGCAUCUCAGUGUUUGCCAGGCCAUGUGUCCUGGAGGUCAGAUCCAUUCAGAGUUGAAAUGUACAAUGCACAUCUUCCUCAGCGCCACCAUCUCGUCCAAAUAUGGUCACUUCUGGCUCAAAAAACAAAACAAAACGAAACAAGAUGGCGAUUGCCAUAAUGCUAAACUUAGGUUUUACAACUGUAGUCCACAGAUUCCAGUAUUUCGAGGUUCUGGGGGUCCUCUGGUUGGAACUAACAAGCUACUUAAUGACCACUUUGGAACUGAUGGACUUGGGGAUGUGAUUGAAGAUAAAGACCCCCAAUGGGAGAAGAAAAUCCAGAGAGAGCAUGCAGUCAGUGCAAUGAUUAGGCUGGUGACUGAAAACCAGAACCAGGUUUCCUUAGUGGCCCUUGGCCCACUCACUAAUCUGGCACUGGCUAUUAGACUGGAUCCAUGUUUUCCCCAAAAGCUCAAAGAUCUGUACAUUAUGGGUGGCAACAAGGAAGGAAUAGGAAAUGUGACACUAUGUGCUGAAUUUAACUUUGCAUCGGAUCCAGAGUCUGCUUACAUUGUUCUUGAAGAAUUUCUCUGUCCUACAUACUUGGCAUCAUGGGAAUAUUCCUGCAGGAAUGCACUGACGUGGGAGUUCUUUGAAGAACUGAUCAAUCAGGACGCACCUGCUGCAGGCUUUAUGAAGAUGAUAACAUCCAAAUGCUGGGCUUAUUCCAAAAUGGCCAUGAUGAAUAAGAGAGAUGUGUACUUUGGACCCGGCUUCGUUUCUUACGACUCCUAUGCAAUGGCAGCCUGUAUUGACGGCAGCGUGGUAACAGAAAGAAUUGAGUGUCCUGUCCGUGUGGAACUGCAGGGUUCAAUCUGUCGCGGCAUGAUGACACUGGAUCGCACAAAUGAGCUGAAGAAAGGCCACAGCGUGUUUGUUUUGACUAAAUGUGAUGUCGCCAAGUUUGGUCAGUUACUCAUGGAGUCUGUUAGACAGCCAAUAAAGAAGUAAUCUUUUGUGACAAAGAAUAGGAAGAAAAACAUACCGUGCCUUGAACCUAAUUAUUUUUUUAAUACUGAAUAAAAAAAAAUUAUAUUUUGCUAAAA